UUGUCUCUCUCCGGCAAACCCACACAACACCAUCCACCAAAACUCAACCACACUCUUCUGUCACCACCAAAAUUACCCGAAAAAAAACCCACAUCCCAGAGCCGCCGCCGCCCAGCCUUGAACAACCCACCACAAACCCACAGGUAUCUCAGACCCACACCACCACAAUCAUAUCCACUUCUCAAAUCUCAAACCCAUGGAAAAGAAAAAAAUGAGGGAUCUUUGACCAGAAAAAUAAAAGAAAAUAAGUUUAGGAUUUGGAGAGGAGAUGAGAUUUUGAGAUAGAGGAACCGAGUGAGGAAGAGGGCGAGCUCAAGGUGAGCAACAGCCGUGGAGGCUUGGAAAGUGGCAGAGCAAGGUCGAGCCUUGGUGGUCUGUGAGCAAGAACUCUUCUUCUAGUUUGAUGAAGAAAGCGAGGAUCGAUUCUUUUCGGCUUUUCGUCGAGGCCGUGGUGGAGAAGUGUGGUGGCAAUGCUCAAGAGAGGUAUGCAUGGUAUGGUGGCUCGAGGGAGGAACUUCUUGAAAUCGUGAAACAUGGGUUCAGUCACUGUGAAAGCCUGUACAUGGCCAGUCUUAUGGUGUUGGAGUUCAUUUGGCUUCUGCCAAAUAUCCCAUGGAAGAGUGGUGCAACAUCAAAGCACAGCCGGGUGCCAAUUGUUUAAUUAAGCAUUUUGGUGGUCAUGGGGUCCCAAUGGCAUUGGCUUCAAACUCUCCAAGGGUAAAUAUAGAAGGAAAAAUUUAUUUUCAUCAAGGAUGGAAGGAAUUCUUCUCUGUCAUCAUUGGUGGUGAUGAAGUGGCAUCUGGGAAACCAUCUCCUGAUAUAUAUCUUGAAGCAGCUAAAAAGCUAAAUGUUGAACCCUCCAGCUGCGUAGUCAUUGAGGAUUCUAUGUAAGUGACCUGACUUUUAACUCUAGAAGUUCCGAAUUUGUCCUUUCAUUGUAUUAUUCUGACCUUUGCUUUUGAUAGCACCUACUGAGUAUGGCAUUGGGGAGGGGAUGGUGAUUUUCCCUUGCAUGAUUAUUGAUUUGCCCUUUUAUACUUGCACUUUAUAGUAUCAACAGCCACUUAUAUUUAAGUCUUGGAUAGAACAUAGAAGAGUUACAUAUUGCCAUGUGCUAUAUUGGAAGAAAAAUAUAUUAAAAAAUAUUGUCUUCUUUUGUCUUUAUACUUGUUUUUUAUUUAGAUUGGUGAGAAAAGAAAUUUAUGAUAAUAGAAAUACCACCUAGAUCACUUGGAGAUCUGUAUUAUAAAUCCCAUGAGUCCAUUAAGCUCCUUAAGCCUGUGUGCAUUCCUCUAUCACAGUCCAUGUCAUUUACCCUUGACACAGAAUCAAUUCAUUUCUAUUGAAGUACAAUACUAACUAAUUAUUUG